UCUCUCGCCUACCCAGCCAACCCUCGCCAAACCCAUAUUUUCUUUUAGCACCAUUUCCUAGUGUACUCGUGUGCCUUGAAAAUUUUAAGAUUAUUUCUCCUUGUCCUCCAUCUCUAGCUGCUCUCUACAUAUUUGUUUUUUCCCCUUCCCUCAAAGCUCUUUCUCUUUCUCUCUCUGUACUCUCUGCCAUGGCAUCAUCUGGCUCUGCCACUGCCACUGGCUCCCCUUGUGGUGCAUGCAAGUUUCUGAGACGAAAAUGCGCCUCUGACUGUAUUUUUGCGCCUUAUUUUUGUUCGGAACAAGGCCCUGCAAGGUUUGCAGCCAUUCAUAAAGUUUUUGGUGCUAGCAAUGUGUCCAAGUUAUUGUUGCAUAUCCCAGCUCAUGAUCGUUGUGAGGCGGUUGUCACCAUUGCUUAUGAGGCUCAAGCAAGGAUUAGAGAUCCUGUUUAUGGUUGCGUUGCUCAUAUUUUCGCCUUGCAACAACAGGUGGCAUGCUUGCAAGCUCAAUUAAUGCAAGUCAAAGCUCAACUGGCUCAAAAUGCUAUGAAUUCACAUAACAUAGAGAGUCAGUGGCAAGGAAACCUUUCUGGGCUGCCUUCCAUUCCAACUUAUCCAAGCUACAUGAAUCCAAUCUCCCCACAAAGCUCACUUGAGUCAGUUGAACUCAACAGUGCCGAUAGCAUGAAUAUGCAAGAAAUACAAAGCAGAGACGAGUUUUCUUUCCAGGGUUAUCCUAAGAAGAGACCAUGUAACAGUGAUCUGGGUGAGCUUCAAGCACUUGCCCUUAGAAUGAUGAGGAACUGAACUGAAGCAUCCUUUUUCUUUUUUCCUCUAUGGAGUAUGGUCCUGCUUCUGUUCUGAUGGUGAUCUUUUUCCAAAAGAAUGAUGUAUAUACCGAGCUUGUUCCCAAAAAGAAAACUUAGUAUAACUUUGAUCAUCAGCCUAAUGUUGGCAUGUUCCUUUUUGUUCAACCAAAAUUUUUAUUACAACUUGGAAUUCAGCUCUAUCUUCUGUGCACUCAUUCACUCAUAGCUGGUGCAAUA